CCCCUCCCUCUAAACUGACAGACGAGGACACGCCUUGGAAGGCAGACUUGCGGCACACAUCUGUACAAACCAUUCGCGUUUCCAGCUCCACACUCGGACUCAUCUCUGCCAUUCUCGCCCUCUGCUACAUAUCAUCAAACUUGAAGUAACAAGAUGUUGGUGCUCCUGGGACUUAUUCUUGCCUUCCACAUAGCAACCGCAGCACUGCUGUUCAUUGCCACAAUAGACAAUGCCUGGUGGAAAAAUGACAUCAGCAGCACUGAUAUAUGGCAAACCUGCUACUUCAAUUCAUCUGAAUGCAAUGAUGUAACUAUUUCUGGUUAUGGAGAUUGCAUUAAGGCAAUACAGGCGACAAUGAGUCUGUCGGUGAUCUUCUGCUGUCUCUCCUUCAUUGUGUUUGUUGUUCAACUGUUCCGCCUGCAGAAGGGGCAACGAUUUUUCAUAGCUGGAACCCUCCAACUACUUUCUAGUCUCUGUGUAAUGAUUGCCGCUUCCAUUUACACAGACCAGGAACAAAACUUCCAUAGAAAUCAGCAUGCAGGAGACUAUGGAUACUCCUACAUUCUAGCCUGGAUCGCCUUUGCCUUCACUUUUAUCAGUGGGGUGAUGUACAUUGUUUUACGAAAGCGGAAAUAGAUGCCUGGAUUGACGUAACCUUCAUGUACCACUUCAGAGAAAUUUUGUUUCUGGGGGAACUUCAGCAAGAUCGCCUGCAAAUAUAAUAAACCUUUUGUAAAAUAAUGAUCAAAUUAAGCAAAAAUGUAAUAGCUAAUUUUGCAACUGUUUUGAAGCCUUUUUAGUAGUUACAAAUUCUCCAAAGAUCAGUUUGGCAUAAUUUUAAUAAGAAUUUUUUUUAUUUAGUCUAUGUUAAAAGUGAAUUGAAAGGUCUUUCUUUUCCAGUGGUAAACACUUUCUACAACCAAUCAAUAUGAAGUACACUCAUAGGAUGGUUUAAGCAUUUCAGCCUUCAACAAAAUUAGCUUCAUGUAAUUCACGGGUUGUGUUUUUUUUCCAUUGAAGUAGUGGCCUCAUAUUCCACUUUCUUAGUCUUUCUCAAAUUUUGGCUAAGCAUGUUUUCCGAUUACACAAACGUACAUCACACACACAAAAAAAAAAACACAAUUUUACUAGAUAUUACCAAUCAAAACGAUUUGGGAUAAAACAUUCUGAAAAGAUCACAAAAAUAAAGUUUGAAAAAUAAACAGUGUUUGUCUAUAUGUAGAACCCACUGAAAAAGUUAUUUUUUCCAAUAUGGUGCAUUGAAAAUUUAAUAAAUUGUACCGAUAUACUGAAAUGGGACAACUGAUAUACUUUGUACAGUUAAUGAAUAGCUACAUGUGUUCAGUAAGACCAUGGGUAGUUUUUAAAAUAAUAAUUUUUUAAUUCUUGAAAACUUUAGGUUAAGCGACUGCAAUGCCAAUCAUAUCCACAAGCUUGUUCUAGAUUCAGUGAUGUGUAAAUACACAUAGGUUGUUUAGUAGAAUUAAUUUGGAUAGGGGAGAGUGGAUGAUGAAGCAGUCACCUUUCAAAUGCAAUUUCAAUCAGAUGCUAUAUUGGAUUAGGUAAACAAUUUAAUUUUGAACUACAGUCUAUAGGUAAAACAUGGAUGGUACAUAGAUGAACAGCUGGUGUUGCUGCUGGACAGUUCCAGAGACCAAGGUUUAAUCUUGGCCUGUGAUACUGGGUAGAGUUUCCAUGUUGUCCUGGUGACCACUGAGUUUCUGCUGCAUGCUCUGGUUUCCUCUUCCAUCGCAUUUUAUCCCGAAUGCGAGGUGGCAGCUGCACAUUUGGAGAGAGGUGUCUGGAGGUAAUUGAUGAGCAUAUAAGAGAAUACGUAACGAGGAAAAUAAGUGGAGGAAUAGGACUGAUUGGGAUGUUCUGAGGGCAAGUAUGGGCUUGAUGGGCCAAAUGGCUGCCCUCGUCCUAAGAUAAUAAGAAAAAUAAAUAAAUGAAAAUAACUGCAUUUUGGCAAAUAAUCAAAAGGAAACCUAUAACCAUCCCCACCUUCCAAAUUAUUCAGUGUAAUUUUAUACUGGCUAAUAUUGCUUAGAAUUAAUCAUCUCUGAAUUUGAAGAGAUAAUUUGAUGUCUGUGCCCACGUACAUUUUAUUUAUUAGCAUUACAUAAACCAUCUCUGUAAGUGUAAACCACUAGAAGUGAGAGCUUGCUCUCUUGAAACACUGCUAAAUCAAUACUAAUGUGUUGUUUUUGGCUUGAAACAAGUAGGUAAAGGAAAACUUUAUUGGAUUUUUUAUUUCAUAAUUCUGCCCUUCAGACUUAAGACUUUUAAAAAUUCAUUUGUUUCACAGAUGUGAAGCCAGGCUAGUUCGUAUAUGUGCAGAUUAUUUAGUAUGCACUCACUGAAAGCUUGCCUCCUGCAAUACCUCAGUUGUAGAUUUUCUGUUAGAUGUCCCAGGAGCAUUUUUAAACUUUUGUUUUUCCGUAACCAUGAUACUUUUAACUCAUUUAUACUGUGAUUAUGACUCUGGCCCUAUAAAAUACUGAUCUUAGUUGUGCCAGCAAAGUUUUUUCCCCAUUAUUAAGAUAAAUCAAACAAGGUUUUCCCAGAAAUAAGGCUCUAGAUGAGUCUUGAUCACCCUAACAUUUGUGGAAACAAAGUACUGCUGUAAAUGAAUACUUGAAUUCAGCAUUAAUAUGUUGGUGCGACUAGUUUUCUUCCUCGUUAUCUGGAUUGCAGAGGCUGUGAAACCAAACAUCAGACAGAACCUGUUGCACAGAUGUUUUUUGCUCUCAAUGUUUUCCAUUCCAGCACUUAUUUUUAUAAUUAGAGAAUGAGCAUCAACUUAAAUUUAAAAUAAUUGCACUCAAUCUUUGCAUUCAAACUCCUGGCAAGGGAAUAUCUCAUUAUUCAAAGAACUUCCAUCCCAGUGAACUGAAUAUUAUUAUUUUUAAAAUCAACUUUAAUUUUUAAAUAAACCCUUAAGACUCAAAUGUAGGAAAUGCCACUAAAGAUUUAACUUGCUGAAUAAUGACCAUCAUUACAAUAGUGUAAAAUGGUAGCAGCGCAUUCUUGUGGCAGAAUGAACGUACUGUCAAGUAACCAGUUAAUAGCUUGCUUUUUCAAAUAUUUUCUUAAAACAUAAAGCCUAUGAAAGCCAUUACUUUUUAAUUGCCAGUGUAGCCAUGUUUAUAGCUUAGUGAGCAAACAUUCCUUUUAUAUAAAAUGUUAGGGGUACAUCUUUUUUUUGAUAAUUCAACAGCAGUCGAUAUAACCAAUUUUAAAAAAUGUUAAUUUGUUCAGUGCAAUUGCACAUGUUUAUAGUAGUUUUCUUAGUGAGGAUUGCAUGUUUGAUUUUUGCCAGUGGGUUCCAUUCGCUAAGUAGAGGUAAAAUUAGUUUUUUUGAUAAUUAGUCCAUCCACUAUGAAUUUCUCACAGCAUACAAACAAUAUUUUAUAAUUUUCACCUAAAGGAUAUCGUAUUCAUGUGGUGUUACUGAUUCUUAAAUUGGUGCUUUCUACCACAAUAUAUUAAGAUCUUAUUUUUGUAAUGUAUUUAUUGCAUGCCAAUUUGUUAUCAGUGACUUUUAUUCUCAUAAUAUUGUGCACAUUGAACUAGCUUAUAAUCAUGCCCAGAAUAAAUUUACAUUUAUGCAUUGAUAUCUUGUGCAUAAUAUAUGCUUUUCUCUUGCAAUGACACAUAACAGUUUAAUCAAUUUUCUGCUUCAAUUAUUGGGCAGAGAUAAAAACUUAUUGAAGGUUAGAAAGGGCAGGACACUUUCUGGAUAUAUUUGUGUGUAUCAUGAACAUUGAUAUAUUUGCAUGCAUUUUGCCUUAUUGGCCAUUAUUCCCAAGUUGACUUGUUCUUGACUCAACUUGAUUUCUGUCAUCGAGUAAUAUGGUGUAUUACAUAAAUUAGAUUUGUUUCAAAUGUUGUAGUUAAUAAAUGUUAGCAUGAACCUGUGAUGUUUUGCAUUGCUAAACACUAAUCUAAUAGUUGGCAAAUGAUCUAGGAUUAAUUUUAAACCAAAGUUAGCAGAUUUAUAAACUGAAAAGCAUAUGAUUAUGUAAAUCCUCUAUUUUAAAUAGUCAAAAUUGUGAUCUUGUAAAUAGUCCAACAUUCUUCUUGUAUGUGGUAAACUUGGAUCUAAUGGAUUAAAUAAGCGAUGAAGAAUUGUGGGUUUAAACAUUUGGGGGUUAUUUUAAUUAGUUCUUUCUUUGGAUGUAAUCUACCAUAUUUUGUUAUCAAAGACACGUUUUAGAAAAUAUUUUCUUUCCUCUUCCAUGUAUAGUUUAAAAAAGCAAGGUUGAGUGUGUUAAUAGUAGUGGGGUUGUUUAUAACCUGGCAUUUUUAUCUAGAUUGGUUACCAUGAUUCUACAACAAUGUAAUAUAGACUCUGGUAAAGAAAUCCAAAAUUUAUGAAAUUAUAAUUUCCUGCAUUUUGUUUGUGUAAUAAAGUACUGCCUAGCAAAUUA